CAGCCGGCCGCCUCGGACUAAUCGUGAUUAGGGGAAAGGAGGGGGAAAAAAGGGUAAAGUCCAAGCGGCGGCAGCAAAACCCCGCUCCGGGAGGCAGAAAACCACAAUAAACAAGGCACGCAACGAAUCCGAUCCCGAUUUAAUUCGCCCCAAAUCCGCGCACCGAUUAAUCCCUCCCCCCGACGCCGGCCGCGGGCAUGCUCCGGCCAUUCCUCUCCCCCCACCGCCCCGCCGCCGCCCCCGCUCCUGCCUCCACCGCAGCCGCAGCGGCGGCGAUGCGGCCCGCGUCCUCCUCCCGGUCCUCGGCCGGUGGAGACGGGGCCCACGGCCACCACGGCGGGCACAGCGUCUCCGUGUCGGGGUCGGCGUGGGCGACGUGCCGGCACACGCCGUCGUCGGCGACGCUCGAUCUCCUCAUCAUGCUGCUCGUGCUCUUCUCGCUGUCCUUCCUGCUCGCCUCCUCGGUCGCGCACGUCGCGCGCUCGCUCUCCCCGCUGCUCGCCACGCCCCCCGUCGCCGCCGCGCUCGCGGACGCCGCGGCCGCGCUGCCCUACCUCGCGGCGGCGGCCGUGCUCGCCGCCGCGGCCUUCCUCUCCUGCCGACGGCUCCCGCGCCGGCGCUGCCGCAACCCGCGCUGCCGGGGGCUCCGGAAGGCGCUCGAGUUCGACGUCCAGCUGCAGACCGAGGAGGCCGUGCGCGCCGGCGCCGGGAGCACCGUCGGCAGCGCCGACGCGGCCAUGUGGCGCGAGAUCGAGGCGCUGCCGUGGAAGGGCGGCCAGGGCGGGAACAACCCGGACUACGAGUGCCUCCGCGCCGAGCUCCGCCGGAUGGCGCCGCCCAACGGCCGCGCCGUGCUGCUCUUCCGCAACAGGUGUGGCUGCCCUGUUGCUAAGCUCGAGGGGUGGGGCGCCCCCAAGAGCAAGAGGCGCAACAAGAAGGGCACGCAAGGUUCUUUACAUGACCGAGGGUUGAGGUGAACAGAAGUCUGAUAGCACCCAUGGCAACGGUGUUGCUUUAGACUUGCCGUGCUGUUGAAUAAUACUUCUGGUGAAAGAUACAACAAUUACAAGUGGUUGCACCAUGAUUGUACUGUUACAGGGGGUCCGCUGAACCCCAACAGAUAUACUGAUACAAGACAAACGAUGCAAGAAUAAAGAACUGUUAAAAGGACAAUAAAGCGUAAACAUUGGCGACGUGAUUGUCAUGCUUGUCCCGUUGUGGGCCCUUUUGCCUUUCUUUUUCUCGCACCGGAUGCAAGGGAUACAUGUGGUUGGGCAUUGUUGAUUUGCCUAAAGCUUAAUGGCAUGAACACUAUAUUA